AUUUGGGCUACCCAGAGUGGGUGUACGGAUGGCCCAAAUUUUGGAAACACUGGCAAAGAAGAUCUUUAAAGGAGUUUUAGUAGCUGAAUUGUGGGCAUUUUUUUUAGCAUAUAUUUUGUUUAAUAAGAAGAACGCAAGUCAGGUUUAUUACAAAUCCAUCAAAUAUUCUAGAAUGUAUGGAGUCAGACAGCAAGAUCAAGAAAAAUGAUUGAACAACAAAAGUUAGGAAUUUGGUCACUGGUACAGGUGUACCCUAUUGCAUAGUAUCAGGCAUGAUUACAAUUCCAAAGUUGACAUGGAUAGAUUUUGGAAUAUGUAAGGCAAAACGUAAAUUCCAAUUAAGCCAGAGGUUUUGU